AUCAAUCAUGUAUUACAUAAUCAUGCUAGUGCUGACGGAUUCCCGUUGGUGGUUCAUGGGGACGAUAAUACCCAACCGCAGAGCAUUCGUCUCCCGGACCAUGAAGUUUCUUUGGGAACAAAUAGCCCGGAAUGCAUGCUAACGCCAGGGCUAUACUGCCGGCACCUGCAGGGGCCGAUCCCUGCAGUAAAGCAGCCCCGUCAAGCCCCACCACCAUGUCAUACACCUGCCGCACCUGCGUCAGACGCAAGGUAAAAUGCGACAGGCUGACGCCUCGUUGCUCCAGCUGCCGCAGGGGCAACCACGAGUGCUCAUACCAAGUGCCGUUCCCUCCGACGCGGAAGCGCAAGGCGAGUGAGGACCUCGCAGACAGAGUGGCGCGAUAUGAGCGUAUUCUGCGGCAGCACGGCUUGCUGGACGCAGACACACAGACGAGGGUGAGUGGCAUCUCGCCAGACCCGAUUUCGUUUCACUAUACCGAGCCCGCAGCCUCGACGACUGGUAGGGUGCUUGCCGCAAAGGGCACGUCGAGAUAUGUCAGCGGGCAUCCGUGGAACAAUUUCGGCGAAGAGGAGGUGCGACGCGUUUUCGAAGAGGAAGAGCAGGAGCAGCGGGAGAUGACCAUUACAUCCGAGCGCUUGGUGUCUGAUCCGUUGACCGAUGCGCUCAUGGGCUCUCGGCGUUCGCUUCUGCAGUACCACCCGACUCACACAGAGGCCCUGCUGCUGUGGCACAUGCAUGUCGAAAGCGUCGAACCGUUCUGCAAGAUCCUCCACAUUCCCUCCACCUCUGCGAUGAUCGAAAGGGUUUCGCAUCAUCCCGAGCUAGCGUCAGAUGCAGAUGAAUGCCUUGUGUUCGCCAUCUAUCAGUUUGCAGUCUACGCGAUGACAGACGAGGACUGCGAACAAAAGCUGGGCCAGCCACGCAGUACCUUAAGCCGACGAUAUCAUUCCGCCGCGCAACAAGCGCUGGUCAAUGCCGCAUUUCUUAAAACGAGUGACAUCCAGGUCCUACAGGCUUUAGUCCUAUUCCUCCUCUCCAGUCGCCAAUAUUACGACUCGCAGACGUACUGGAUCCUGACGGGUGUCGCCGUCCGGAUCGGACAGCGGAUCGGUCUCCACCAAGACGGAGAGAAGCUGGGAAUGUCCCCGUUCGAUGUUCAGAUGCGGCGACGGCUGUUCUACCAACUCAUACCCCUCGACGGCAGAGCGAGUCAAAUGGCGGGCACCGUCGUGUUCAUCCCGCCCGACGCGUGGGACACCCAGCUCCCGCGCAACAUCAACGAUGAGCAGAUCUGGCCCGGCAUGACGGAGGCCCCGCGGGAGCAACAAGGCGCGACGCAGAUGAUAUUUUGUCUGUCGCGCGCCUGCGUCGGGCGAUUCUUCGCGAGCAUGAGUCCGCACUUGAGCAGCACUGGGCCGUGGAAGUUCGACAGCCUGCCCGAGGCCGAGUCGGUCAUCGGUGCCGCUGAACGCGAGGUUGAGGAUAAGUAUAUCCGCUACUGCGAUAUCGUGGACCCGCUGCAUUUUCUGACGGUCGGGUUGGCGCGCGCGGGCAUCACCGCCAUGCGACUGCGUGUCAGGCUCACGAGGGUCCGGAAUCAGACUGCUACGGAGGCGGAGAUGCGGGAGGUCUUUCAUCUCGCCCAGAAGAUCUUGGAUACGGAUGCGGCAGUGUCGGCCCACUCGGGCUUGGAGCGAUACCGGUGGCAUGUCCGGCCGUUCUUUCUUUGGGGCACCUUCGAUUCGUUCAUCUCCGUCUUGACGACCCUGUGGACGCGAGCCAGCGUUCUCUCUCCGGUGGAGGUUGAAGGGGCGUGGAAGAAGGUUGAGCAGGUUUACUGUAAUCAUGAUGAGCUUCUGGGUACGAAGCCGUUGUAUGUGGCACUGCGGAGACUCACGCUCAAAGCUUGGGAUGCUCAUGCGCCAAGUGGGACCGGAACAGAGCCGGGUUUCAUUGCGACUGCGCGUUCGUUACGAAUGGCGAAGAGCAAGGCUAUGGAGGGGACUCCAGCAGCAAUACGAAAUGCAAAAGAUGACAGGGACGAUCCGGCGAUUUCGAGGGCGCCGUCUGCGACUGACUUGGAUGCGAUGCUUGGUCCGGUGGCUGAGAGUAUAGAUGGAGAGAUGGGCGAUGGUAUCAACUUCGAUGCCGUAGACUGGGCUUUCUGGGAUCAGUUGAUCCAAUACCACCAAGGAUACGAGGAUGGAUAGGAUGAUGGAUCCAUGAAGACCUUGCUACAAUGAGAAGAUUUAUCAUGGGAAAAUGAUAUCAGACACGGAGUCGGAAUCUCGUCCAUCCCGGUUCCGCAGCAAGGCUGGAAACGGACCUUCAAAGCUGCC